UCAGGCCUCAGUAACUUAUUGAUGUACUCUAGAGCCCAUGUCUUUGAGUAGGGUCCUUUCAGGCCUCAGUAACUUAUUGAUGAACUCUAGAGCCCAUGUCUUUGAGUAGUGUCCUUUCAGGCCUCGGUAACUUAUUGAUGUACUCUAGAGCCCAUGUCUUUGAGUAGGGUCCUUUCAGGCCUCAGUAACUUAUUGAUGAACUCUAGAGCCCAUGUCUUUGAGUAGGGUCCUUUCAGGCCUCAGUAACUUAUUGAAGGAUUGUAGUUGUCCAAACUCAACGGUAGCAGUUGGAAUGUGUCUGUCUGAGUCAAUGAGUACAUUUCAGACUCCUGCUGCUUCAGUCACGCUGGCUGAACUUGGAAUAGAUACCAGCCUUCAGAACACAAUGGACGGACAGACAUAUGGGAGAGACGGGACAAAAUAAAAAUAAAGGAUGACGACCUGGGUCAGAAGGAAAUGUUGGUGAUGGUGAAGCAGGGAUGUGCAGGGAAGGAGGGAUUAGCGAAGGUGAGGAUGGAGGAGAGGUCACUGGGGCAGCGAGAAAGGCUUUCUCCUGGCCGUAGCAGGGAACGUGAUGGGCCUAGGUAACGCGUGGAAGUUCCCCUACCUCUGCUACAAAAAUGGUGGAGGUGAGUCCAUGAAGGAGAAGGUGCACUGGUUAUUCAAAUGAUGAUCAGCUGAACAAAUGAGGAACUUAGACCAUUUAAAUGCAUGUAUCAUACAGUAUCAUACAUUAUGUUCUCUCUACCUGAUUAGAGGCCUGUGUUGACUUCCACUCUCAAACCAGACAGAUGAACUCAACCUUUGCAGCCACUGAAUUCUGGGAAGUGAAUGUAUGUGUCCCAGAUGUUUGACUACUAUGCCUGUAACGGAACCCGUCUGCUCUCCCUCUCUGUGUUCGAGGCCAUGGAAUGGAUAUUUGGUGUCAUUUAUCUGCUCUCUGGUGGAGUACCAGCACCUGACCUUCAACCGCUGGUAUGUGUACCCAGGAUGGGUGUAUGUUCUGGGCUGGCUGUUGGCCCUCUCCUCCAUCGUCCUGGUCCCCGUGGGGGCCCUGCUACAGAUCUGCACCGGGACAGGCCGUCUUAGAGCAUUUCCUCCACCCGUGUCGGCUGGACCAUGACCUCCGGUUGACCCGGGAAUAGAAAGACUAAGCCGGAGCACAUGACCUCUGGAGCAGAGAUGGAGGUACUCAUGAGCGCAGCAGGGGAGACCACAGACAAAUGAACUGACACACACCUAGAAAAGCUUCUGUGUCAAAGUUCUUUGUGUACUGAUCAUUUAUCUUAACACAACACCUAGCUGGACUCUUGUAUCCUUACCAACAUGUUGAGAGAAUACCAUUGAUAAUGAACAAUGGCGCAUUUUUCAAUACAGUGUCAUCAUGUUCCAUAUUUGAACAGUGUGUCACCACAAUACAUUUGAAAGAACAUAGCCCAAGCACAGAGCGAGCAACAAUGCAGAUUGUCAUUGUACUAAACAAAACACAAUGUUCUUUCAACUGUCCCGGCUCAAGGCUUAACAUGGGUUACUGGCAGCUCAUGACGUACUUCCUGAAGUCACUCCAGUUUACAUGGUAGCAGUUGUAGUCACUACUAAAGGGUCAUCUCAUUCUGUCAGUUUCUUAUUAUGAAAGACCAUUUUUGGCCAAUAUAAAGCAACUCUUUAACUAAUAGCAUUUUUGUUUACGUAAAUUAGUGCUUUACCUCAAUUACAUUUUAAUAAUACUUAUUAGACAUCAGAAACAUUGGUGAAUUCCCCACAAAAUGAUGCUUAUCUAAAAACACAAAUUAAAGUAGAUUAAAAAAUAAAAAAUAAACUGUCUUUAUGUAA